UGUCUUUAGGGAAGAUUUGACGCGGAUCUGGACCUCGGAUCUGGACCGGACUGAGUCUGGACCAAACCAGAACCAGACCUGGACUAAGCCUGGUUUAAAGCUGGAGUUUAAGUGAGCCGGGUUUAACAUGUCUCUGGUCGACAAGCACAAAGUGAAACGACAAAGGCUCGACCGCAUCUGUGAAGGUAUCCGUCCUCAGAUCAUGAACGGCCCUCUCCACCCUCGCCCGUUGGUGGCGCUGUUGGACGGCCGAGACUGCACGGUGGAGAUGCCCAUCCUCAAAGACCUGGCCACCGUGGCGUUCUGCGACGCUCAGUCCACGCAGGAGAUCCACGAGAAGGUGCUGAACGAGGCGGUGGGGGCCAUGAUGUACCACACCAUCACUCUGACCAGAGAAGACCUGGAGAAGUUCAAAGCUCUGAGGAUCAUCAUCAGGAUCGGCAGCGGCUACGACAACAUCGACAUCAAGGCCGCCGGCGAGCUCGGCAUCGCGGUGUGUAACAUCCCGUCGGCGGCGGUGGAGGAGACGGCCGACUCCGCCCUGUGUCACGUGUUGAACUUGUACAGGAGGAACACGUGGCUGUACCAGGCGCUGAGGGAGGGCACCAGGGUCCAGAGUGUGGAGCAGAUCAGGGAGGUGGCAUCAGGAGCAGCGCGCAUCAGAGGAGAGACGCUCGGACUCAUCGGGUUUGGUCGCGCGGGGCAGGCGGUGGCGGUGCGCGCGAAGGUCUUCGGGUUCAACGUGAUUUUCUACGACCCGUAUCUCCAGGACGGACUGGAGCGAUCCCUCGGCGUCCAGCGAGUUUACACGCUACAAGAUCUACUGUACCAGAGCGACUGCGUGUCUCUGCACUGCAACCUGAACGAACACAACCACCACCUGAUCAACGACUUCACCAUCAAACAGAUGCGUCAGGGUGCAUUUCUGGUGAACACAGCCAGGGGGGGCCUCGUGGACGAGAAGGCCCUGGCUCAGGCGCUGAAGGAGGGCAGGAUACGAGGAGCGGCGCUGGACGUGCACGAAACCGAACCGUUCACAUUUGCGCAGGGUCCACUGAAGGACGCCCCAAACCUGAUCUGCACCCCCCACACGGCCUGGUACAGUGAACAGGCCUCACUGGAGAUGAGAGAAGCAGCAGCCACAGAGAUCAGGAGAGCACUCACAGGUCGGAUCCCGGACAGUUUGAGGAAUUGUGUAAACAAAGAGUUCUUCAUCACUUCUGGACCUUGGGCGAUAAUGGACCAAACAGGAGUUCACCCUGAGCUCAACGGCGCCGCCUACAGAUUCCCUCCCGGAGUGGGCGUGGUGGGCGUGUCUCCUGGUUCUCUUCCUGGUUCUGCUCUGGAGGGGCUGGUGCCGUCGGGCGGAGUCCCCGUGUCCCACAGCCUCCCGUCGGGUACUCACCCCUCGCAGACCCCCUCCCCCAACCAGCCGUCGUCCAAGCCCCACGCCGAGCCCCGGGAGCACCUCACCGAGCAAUAACGCCUCCGGAAACGCCUCCCUCUGGACACGCCUCCCUCUGGACACGCCUCCCUCUGGACACGCCUCCCUCUGGACACGCCUCCCUCUGGACACGCCUCCCUCUGGACACGCCUCCCUCUGGAAACUUCUCCCUCCGACGCCGUCAAACUGUUCUGGAAAAUAGAAACGGACAUUUGUGAAGCGAGCGGACGCCGUGUGGAUUUUCACAUAUUCAAAAAUUCCAGUUUCA